UAAAACUCUGCCGUUAAAAUGGGGGCGGGUUUUUCAACUCAAAAAGCGCUCAAUUUUUUUUCUUUUCAAAAAAAGCUGAUGAGGUCGGAAAAAAAGGGAUAAGAAACCUGCACCGUCUCUUCAGAGGCAACCGAAGCAGCAGUUGCUUCAGCGGAAAAAGAAGCAAAGGAGGGAGGGAAGGAAAAGAUCCUGAAGUGGUGGGGAAGACGCGCAAGUGCCAGGAGCAGGGAAGGGAGCGGCGGUCAGAGGUUUUUAGGGAGCCGAACGACAAAAAGAAACUGUCAGCCGCGGCUCGCGAGGGACCGGCGCUGCCUGGCUGGGCUCCGGGACCCAGCUGGCUGGCGGACGCUGCCCUGUCCGCGGCACAGACCAGGGCUACAGGCCGGAGGACCGCGAAGAACUAACUGGCCAAGUGGCAUCGAGCGCCCGAGCUGCUGGGCGGCCGCCAAGAAGUCGCCGGGACUGGCUGCGCGCCGGAACAGCGGCGACCGCCUGUCCUUCCAAGGACCCUUCCCAUCACCGGAGGCGCCCCCACCCGACCCCCGGAAAAUCGGAAAGGAAGGGAAAGACGGCUGCAGAGGCGACAGCCGCAGCUCAGCGAGCGCUUGCACAGGAGAGCCUGAGCUAGCUCGGUCGUAGGCGGGAAGUUACUGGUGAGCUGGCCCGGCGCAGCAGCGAUGCUAAGGCGAGCUGCCCCAGCGGCUCGAGCCCCGUAGUCGCUCCCCCUCGUCGCCCUGCUCCGUCCUCAGGCUGCCGGGAGUCCCGGGACCCGGCGGGGCCGGCAUGACGGGCUUGGCGGGGGUCUGCCGCGCGCCCACCAGCCUCCGGAGACCCGCGCCCUGCCCGGCUCCCACGGCCUCUGAGGCUCGGCGGGGCUGCGGCAGCCCGGCGGGCGGGCUCCGGAGGCUCUUUUGAAGACGUCGAGCCCGCCUGGGAGUCGUCGAGACCGGAGAGUUGAGGGCCUCGGAACUGCUGCUCUGGUCUGCCUUCAGCGAUCAUCUUUAACCCCCCCGGAGCACGUCAGCAUCCAGCCCUCGCGGCGCUCUGCUAGCGAGCAGCACUCUGGACUACCCCCUUCGGCGAGACGGAUGGAAAGUGAGCCCCACGGAAGACUUGCCUCUGAAAUUCUGCCUCAAGUCACCACUGUGAACAAGGGACCCUAAAGAAUGGCCGAGCCUUGGGGGAACGAGUUGGCGUCCGCAGCUGCCAGGGGGGACCUAGAGCAACUUACUAGUUUGUUGCAAAGUAAUGUAAACGUCAACGCUCAAAAUGGAUUUGGGAGAACUGCGCUGCAGGUAAUGAAACUUGGAAAUCCGGAGAUUGCCAGGAGACUUCUCCUCAGAGGUGCUAAUCCCAAUUUGAAGGACGGAACUGGUUUCGCUGUCAUUCAUGAUGCAGCCAGAGCAGGGUUCCUGGACACUGUACAGGCUUUGCUGGAGUUCCAAGCUGAUGUUAACAUCGAAGAUAACGAAGGGAACCUGGCCUUGCACUUGGCUGCCAAAGAAGGCCACCUCCCUGUGGUGGAGUUCCUUAUGAAGCACACAGCCUGCAAUGUGGGCCAUCGGAACCAUAAAGGGGACACCGCCUUUGACUUGGCCAGGUUCUAUGGAAGAAGUGAGGUCAUUAGCCUGAUGGAGGCAAAUGGGGUUGGGGGAGCCACAAAUUUGCAGUGAGGGAGGGCUUUCCCACAUUGCCUUUACUUUGUCAGUUAGUUGGUUGGCUGUCUGUUUUACUAUCACUUAUUAAAAUAUAGGAUUUUGUUUUGUUUUGUUUUCAUACGUUAAGCAGCUAAUUAAAUCCUUCAAUUUGCCUAAGUGGAAAUCUUACUGCAAGUGUAUGAAAUAUUUAAACAUUCUUUCACUGUCAAAAUUCUGAUUUCUAACAUGUAAUUGCAAAUAGCUAUGCCUUCUGGAUAUUUUAUCUUUGAUUUUUUUUUUUUUUCCUUUGCUUUGCUUACCCUUUGCCAGUCUCAAUGUCAGACUUGGAGACUUUGUUUUAAAAAUGAUUUGUCCUGAUGCAUCUUUUGCCUAAUUAAAACACAUUUUUUUCAGAAGAGGACCACAUUUUCCUGUGGUUUUUUCCCCCACCACUUCUCUGUAACCUAUGCACAAUUUGCACUUUGUCAGAAAUCUGAUCAAAGCUCAUGAUCCUGUAAGUCUUAACAUUACAAAAGAACACAUUGGGAGCCUAGUUACAUUGUAGCUACAGUGGAGUUAGCUCUUUAUUUCCCUCCAUGCUCCCUCCCAAAGAGUUCAUUGGCCAGCUCUGCUUUUAUUAGUAUUUUAGCUUCAAAAAAGAAUAUGAACAUCACUUUUGAAAAUCAGAAUUAAAAUGAUUUCACUAUGACUUUCUUGAAAUGUCUAAUCUUCCCCUUUUUCUCAAAAUUGAGGCAAGCAGCUGAAAGGUAGAUUUUGGAAGAGGCAGUCUGAAAAAAGAUGACAGUUCUAAAAAGCCAGUGCUGAAAGAAAGCACCACUGUCAAGUGCUUCUGUUCGGUUAGGUAGUUUUUUAAGAUCAUAAAAU